UCAGGUUAGGCCUUUAUUGGAGUAGAUUUGAUACAACAGUUAAACGUGUCCUGGAGGAAUUUAGUGUUAACAAUGACCGUACUGCACAUAUAGAGGGUUCAGCUGAUGCACAAGUGCUGAGGGCACUGCAGGGUUCAGUUGAUGCACAGGUCCAUGUUUCGGGGACACUGUAGGGUUCAGACGAUGCACAGGUGCUGAGGACACUGCAGGGUUCAGCUGAUGCACAGGUGCAUGUUCCGGGGACACUGCAGGGUUCAGAUGAUGCACAGGUGCUGAGGACACUGCAGGGUUCAGCUGAUGCACAGGUGCAUGUUCCGGGGACACUGCGGGGUUCAGACGAUGCACAGGUGCUGAGGACACUGCAGGGUUCAGCUGUUGCACAGAUUUACAUUCCGGGGACACCCCAGGAUUCAGAUGAUGCACAGGUGCAUGUUAUGAGGACACCACAUGGUUCAGAUGAUGCACAGAUGCAUGUUAUGAGGACACCGCAGGGUUCAGAUGAUGCACAGGUGCAUGUUCUGGGGACACCACAUGGUGCAGAUGAUGCACAGGUGCAUGUUGUGAGGACACUGCAGGGUUCAGAUGAUGCACAGGUGCAUGUUGUGAGGACACCGCAGGGUUCAGAUGAUGCACAUGUGCAUGUUAUGAGGACACUGCAGGGUUCAGAUGAUGCACAGGUGCAUGUUGUGAGGACACUGCAGGGUGCAGAUGAUGCACAGGUGCAUGUUAUGAGGACACCACAGGGUUCAGAUGAUGCACAGGUGCAUGUUGUGAGGACACCGCAGGGUUCAGAUGAUGCACAGGUGCAUGUUAUGAGGACACCGCAGGGUUCAGAUGAUGCACAGGUGCAUGUUAUGAGGACACCGCAGGGUUCAGAUGAUGCACAGGUGCAUGUUAUGAGGACACCACAGGGUUCAGAUGAUGCACAGGUGCAUGUUGUGAGGACACCGCAGGGUUCAGAUGAUGCACAGGUGCAUGUUAUGAGGACACUGCAGGGUUCAGAUGAUGCACAGGUGCAUGUUGUGAGGACACCGCAGGGUUCAGAUGAUGCACAGGUGCAUGUUAUGAGGACACCGCAGGGUUCAGAUGAUGCACAGGUGCAUGUUGUGAGGACACCGCAGGGUUCAGAUGAUGCACAGGUGCAUGUUGUGAGGACACCGCAGGGUUCAGAUGAUGUACAGGUGCAUGUUGUGAGGACACCGCAGGGUUCAGAUGAUGCACAGGUGCAUGUUUGAGGACACUGCAGGGUUCAGAUGAUGUACAGGUGCAUGUUGUGAGGACACCGCAGGGUUCAGAUGAUGCACAGGUGCAUGUUGUGAGGACACCGCAGGGUUCAGAUGAUGCACAGGUGCAUGUUGUGAGGACACUGCAGGGUUCAGAUGAUGCACAGGUGCAUGUUGUGAGGACACCGCAGGGUUCAGAUGAUGCACAGGUGCAUGUUAUGAGGACACCGCAGGGUUCAGAUGAUGCACAGGUGCAUGUUGUGAGGACACUGCAGGGUUCAGAUGAUGCACAGGUGCAUGUUGUGAGGACACUGCAGGGUUCAGAUGAUGCACAGGUGCAUGUUGUGAGGACACCGCAGGGUUCAGAUGAUGCACAGGUG